GCUUCGAUACAGGGGCAACGAACAGCGCACUAAUGCGUCUUCAAUAUCUGCUCGUAGUAGCGCUUGCUGUCAUCGCUAUGUGUGCCGAUGCCUCAUUGCCGAUUGUGAACCCCAACGUCCUUCUUGAUCGAAGUGACGUGGAAACCCGGAGAAUCCUGAGAGCCGAGAAGACGAUUGGUGGCGAAGAUAACGAAGAGCGGGGGGCAAUGUCGAACUUUGCUAAUAAGAUCGCGAAACUAUUCAAGUCGAAAAAGGUAUUACCGGUCGAGUCGAUGACGGUGGCGGUGGCGGGGGUGCCGGAGGAGCUGACGAUGCUUACCAAGGCGAUGCCCUCAGAGGCGAUGAACAAAAUCGACAAAUUGGUCAAAGGGAUCAACGGGAAAUCACUGGACGAUGUUUAUACGGCACAUGUGAUGGAGAAGUUGCCAGUAGGGAAAGCGUUCGCGCCCGAAGCGCUGCCCCUAUAUGUCAGAUAUAGUGAGGAAGCAGCCAAGAAGACAGACGACUUGUUUGGAGUUAAAACACUCGAGAGGGAGCUGGGACUAGAAAAACUGGUGAAGUAUAUCGAGCUUGGGCUGAAGAGCAAGGACGACCUCGCUUUUGCCACCGCCGAGCGGCUGCGCGUCGGUCUGGUCAGCAAAUUCUGGAAGGAGAAGAAGAUACCAACAGAUAUGGCUAUUUCGAUGAAGGGAGGCAACAGAGCAGUAGACAAGGUCAACAAGGAUUUAGUCAAGAAAUACCUUGUUCAGCACAACACAGCAUACACACCGGUCGCUGUUUAAUGGAGCCGACACAUUGCGUCAAGGUAUUCGACGAAACCUAAAGAACACAUGUUGACAUCUACUGAUAUAGCGUUAAUAAUGCUGAAGCGU